AUGUCCUUCUACGUCGCACCCAGCCAGCAGCGCACUCUUCGCGCCUGCAUGGUCUGCUCUCUCGUCCAACUGCACAGCAAAUUCAUGCGCGAAGGCUGUCCCAACUGCGAUAACGUCCUCGGCCUCCGUGGCAACAACGACGCCAUUCAAGAAUGCACCUCCCAAGUCUUUGAAGGAUUGGUCACCCUCCGUGACCCCAACACCAGCUGGGUGGCUCGCUGGCAGCGACUCGAUAGUUACGUGCCGGGAACAUAUGCCGUCAAGGUGACUGGAUCGCUCCCAGAUGAGAUCAUUUCGAGCUUGGAGGACUCGGGUGUGAAGUAUAUUCCUCGCGAUGGUAGCACUGGUGAAGAGGAGACUUGA